GAUGAUGACUGGGAUAUGAGAGAUGCUGCAGUGGUGUGUAGAGAGCUGGGCUGUGGGGAGGCUGUAGAUGUACUGGGUAAUUCUCACUUUGGACCAGGAUCAGGACCAAUCUGGAUGGAUGAUGUGGAAUGUAGUGGAUCAGAGUCUACACUGAAGAACUGUAGAUCAGCAGGUUGGGGUAAACAUAACUGUAAUCAAACUAAAAAUGCUGGAGUCAUCUGCUCAGGGGUCAGAUUGGUUGGUGGUCCUCACUGCUCUGGGAGAGUAGAGGUGCUUCAUGGGAAGACCUGGGCCACAGUAUGUGUUGAAGACUUUGACCAGCAAGAUGCAGAGGUUGUGUGUAGAGAGCUGGGUUGUGGGCCUCCUGUGGAGGUGCUGGGAGCAGCUGCUUUUGGCAGAGGGGAGGGCCAGGUGUGGACAGAGGAGCUUCAGUGUAGAGGCAAUGAAUCCCAGAUUCACCUCUGUCCAAAAUCAUCUACUCUCAAACAUGACUGCUCCCAUGACAAUGAUGUGGGACUGUUGUGUGCUGGUCACACAGCAGCACAUCUGGUGAACGGCUGGGACUCCUGUUCUGGUCGAGUGGAGCUCCAGUAUCUCAGUGAAUGGGGCUCAGUUUGUGGGGCUAGCUGGGAUAUGAGAGCUGCCAGUGUCCUCUGUGGACAGCUGAAAUGUGGGAGUGCUGUAGCUUUGUUGGCGGCGGAUUGGUUUGGGGAGGGGAGCGGCCGCACCUGGGCUGAUGUUUUUAAUUGUCAUGGGAAUGAGACACACCUGUCAGAAUGUCCCAUCUCAUCAUGGAGUCGAGCAGUAUGCUCUCAUAAACAGGAUGCUGGAGUCAUCUGCAAUGGUUCCUCUCAGGCCUUUCAUGAGGGGCAAGUGCGGUUGUCUGGAGGGAGGGAGUGUGAGGGGCAGGUUGAGGUUUACUUCAGCCAGGACUGGAGGAGAGUUCUCCUGGACUCCUGGAGUGUGCCUGAGGCCUCAGUGAUCUGCAGACAGCUGGGCUGUGGCUCUGUGCUAAACUUCUCCAGCUCCUCUCCAUCCAGUCCUGAUCAACACAGGCAAAUGUGUGUGACGGGUUUCAAUUGUUCUGGGAGUGAAGCUCAUCUGGGGAACUGCAGCAGUGCACACCUCCUCAACCUCUCCUGCAGCUCCAUGGAACAGCUGUCAAUCACCUGCUCUGGUAAUUGUUACAUUAACCUAAAACCUGCCCAUUCCUCCAUCAGGCUGGUUGGCUCUGGGGUAGACUGUGCAGGAAGGCUGGAGGUUUUCCUCAGUGGAUCGUGGGGGACAGUGUGUGAUGACUCAUGGGAUAUUGAGGAUGCCCAGGUGGUGUGCAGGCAGCUGCAGUGUGGAGUGGCCCUCAGUGCCUACGUACCAGCCUGGUUUGGUCCAGGAACCGGGCCCAUAUGGCUGAAUGAGGUGCAGUGUGAGGGAAACGAGACGUCCCUGUGGAACUGCAGGUAUCAAUCUAGGGGAAAGCAUGACUGCAGACACAAGGAGGAUAUAGGGGUCGUGUGCUCAGAGUUUAAAGAGAUCAGACUCACUGAGGGGUGUGAAGGGAAUCUGGAAGUGUUCUACAAUGGAACCUGGGGGAAUGUGUGUGUGAAUGGGAUGAAUGAGGAAACAGCAAGUUUGAUCUGUCAAGAGCUGAACUGUGGAAAAACAGGCAGGGAGUCUGGGGCCACAGCAAGAGUGGAAUCAUCUCCUAACUGGCUGGAUCAGGUGAAAUGUAGGAAACAUGACUCCACUCUAUGGCACUGCCCAUCUGACCCCUGGGGGCACAACAAGUGUGAUAAUGACAAGGAGGUGGCUCACAUUACCUGUUCAGGAGUGCAGAAACAAUUACAAAAACAUGUGAAAUGCUCUUCAUUUCCCCAUCAAGGACAGUGCUCAGUUCUGCUGCCUCUCAGGCUGAGUGGACCAAAGGGAAGCUGCUCUGGGAGGCUGGAGGUUUAUCAUAAUGCUGUGUGGGGCUCCAUCUGUGAUGAUCAGUGGGACAUCAGGGAUGCUGAGGUGGUCUGCAGACAGCUGGGCUGUGGGAAGGCACUGAGUGCUAAUGGGAGUGCUGCCUUUGGUGCUGGUGAAGGGGCGAUCUGGUUGAACAGAGUGGAGUGUAGAGGGGAUGAGAUUCACCUGUGGGACUGCAGUUAUUCACUGAAGAACCACACUGAUUGCUCCCACAAAGAGGAUGCUGGCGUCACUUGUGCAGACAUCUCCCUGACCCCUGUUAUUACAAGCAAAGUAACCACCGACUCCAUCUCAGUUAGUAAAUCUGAGAUAACAACCAGUCGACCUCUACCUCAACCAGCUACCUCUCCAGUGGUCCUGCUGGUACUGGGAGUGCUGCUCUUCCUGGCCUUAGUGCUUCUCUCUGGGCUGGUUUACCAGAACCGAGUGCUCAGGAGAGUGCUCUCUAAGAGCAGGCAUAAGACUUUGCCUGAAGUAAUCUAUGAGGAGAUUGACCACAGAAUCACCAAUGAAAGAACUCCCAUCUCAGCUCAAAAGGAAUAUAUCAACUCAGAGGCUCAGCAUUCUGGUUAUGAAGAUGUUGGUAAAGAGCUUCUCUCAGCAAAAUCUGUCAGUGAAGAAAAGACUGAGUAUUAUGAUGAUGCUGUCACCAGUAGUGGUGAUCUAGGGACAGAAAAUCCACAGGAUAAUUACAAUGACAUCACACAUGGACAGACACCUGAUACUGUAGCAAAGGAUGUCAUAGAGAUCUAUGAUGAUGCCGUUACUCUUGCACCAAACUCGCAUCUUACAACAGAGGACUAUGAUGAUGUCAUCUCCCCUGGACAGGACUCAGGAGGUGAUACAGACUAUGAUAACCUGUAAGACACAGAGGAAAGGCUUCAGUCAGAGAAAACCUCAUGAAUGAGAGUGCUUUUGCUCAGGAAAUGACAUUUGACCUCUUGAAACUCAAACAGUGUUUAGAUCACAAAUGGUUCAAUGUCUUGCUUUACCCUUUUGCCAGAACACAUUUUUGAAAAUCAUUUUAAACAUAGAAGCAUCAUAGAAAUACAAUAUUAACCCUUUUAUAUACAUAUAUUACAUGCAUAAUGUUGAAUUUGGUAGCUUGAAAUGGCUGAUGUAUGUUAUUUGUUGCAAGGGCUCAUUUAUCAGUAUU